AGGGAGAUACAGAUAAUGCAAUACUUAUCAGGGCAACCAAACAUUGUGGAGAUCAAAGGAUCUUAUGAAGACAGACAAAGUGUUCAUCUUGUAAUGGAGCUUUGUGAAGGUGGUGAGCUCUUUGAUAAAAUUACCAAAAGAGGGCAUUACUCGGAGAAAGCAGCCGCAGAGAUCAUUAAAUGUGUGGUUAAAGUUGUACAAACCUGUCAUUUCAUGGGUGUGAUUCAUCGUGACCUUAAACCGGAAAACUUCUUGUUAUCCGGUAAAGAUGAAGCUUCCGCAAUGCUCAAGGCUACCGAUUUUGGUGUUUCAGUUUUUAUCGAAGAAGGCAAAGUGUACGAAGACAUUGUAGGAAGUGCAUAUUACGUUGCACCGGAGGUUUUGAAGAGGAAUUACGGCAAAGCAAUCGAUAUUUGGAGCGCUGGAGUUAUUCUGUACAUCCUUCUUUGCGGAAUUCCUCCGUUUUGGGCUGAGACUGAUAAAGGAAUAUUUGAGGAGAUUUUGAGAGGGGAGAUUGAUUUUGAGUCUGAACCGUGGCCGUCGAUUUCAGAGAGUGCUAAAGAUUUGGUGAGGAACAUGUUAAAGAGUGAUCCAAAGAAACGGUUUACUGCUGCUCAAAUCCUAGAACAUCCGUGGAUACAAAAAGAUGGAGAAGCUUCAGAUAAGCCGAUUGAUAGCGCAGUUUUGUCUCGGAUGAAGCAACUACGAGCUAUGAACAAGCUUAAGAAGCUUGCACUCAAAUUUAUCGCGCAAAAUCUCAAAGAAGAGGAGCUAAAGGGUCUUAAAACGAUGUUUGCGAACAUAGAUACCGAUAAGAGCGGUACAAUCACCUACGAGGAAUUGAAAACCGGACUGGAAAAACUCGGUUCGAGGUUAACUGAAACCGAAGUUAAACAGCUUUUGGAAGAUGCUGAUGUCGAUGGGAAUGGUACGAUUGAUUACAUUGAGUUCAUCUCGGCUACGAUGAACCGGUACAGAGUGGAACGAGAGGAGAAUUUGUUCAAAGCUUUUCAACAUUUCGACAAAGACAAUAGCGGGUUUAUUACGAGACAAGAAUUAGAAACCGCCAUGAAAGAGUAUAAUAUGGGAGAUGAUGCCAUGAUCAAGGAGAUUAUAUUAGAAGUUGAUGCCGAUAAUGAUGGAAGUAUUAACUAUCAAGAGUUUUGCAAUAUGAUGAGAAAGGGUAAUCCUGAUUCUGUUUUGAGUCUUCUUAAAAGAUAUGGUUUCACGGAAUCUCAGAUCUCCAGCAUCGUUAGUAAUUAUCCACGCUUGCUUAUGUUAGAUGCUGAGAAAUCCCUUGGCCCCAAGCUUCAGUUUCUGCAGUCCAGAGGAGCUUCAACCUCUGAGCUCACUGAGAAUCUCUCAAAAUUUCCUAAGAUCUUGGGAAUGAGAUGGGAGAAAGCCAUCAGCGUAUACUAUGAUUUCGUCAAAGAGAUUGUAGAAGCAGAUAAGAGCUCCAAACACGUAAAGUUGUGUCAUUCUUUGCCAGAGGGUAGUCAGCAGGAGAACAAACUCAGAAAUGUAUUGGCUUUGAGAGAACUAGGUGUGCCUCAGAGUUUGCUAUUCUACUUGCUAACAUCCAAUGCCAAAGCUGUCUCUGGAAAAGAAAAAUUUGAAGAAUCCCUCAAGAAGGUUCUUGGGUUGGGUUUUGAUCCGACCACAUCAAAGUUUGUCCAUGCUCUAUGCGUUGUUCAAGGAUGGAGUGACAAAAUAACUCAAGAGAAAGUCAGUGUUGUCUGUAAAAAGUUAGGCUUUGAUGUGGAUGAUGUAUGGGCAAUGUUCAAGAAGUGUCCACUCUUUCUGGCACUCUCGGAGAAGAAGAUAAUGAACUCGGUUGAAACAUUUAUAGGCCUAGGAUUCAGCAGAGAUGAGGUUGCGAUGAUGGUCAAGCGCUUUCCUCAGUGCAUUGGAUAUUCUGCAGAGUCGGUGGAGAAGAAGACUGAAUUUAUUGUGAAGAAGAUGAAUUGGCCAUUAAAGGCCGUGGCUUCACACCCACAGGUAAUGUCAUACAGCUUUGAGAAGAGGAUUGUCCCAAGGUGUAACGUUAUCAAAGCUCUCUUGUCCAAAGGAUUGCUUGGAAACAGAGAAAGCAAACUCCCUUCGAUGGAAUGUGUUUUGAAGAGCACCAACGAAGUGUUUUUAAAAAAGUAUGUGAGGAAGCACGAGGACAAGGAGUUGGUGACUGAGUUGAUGGCCAUCUUCACCAAAGAUCGUGUCUCAUAGCAUAGAAAGGCCUGUCAAAGUUGGUUUUUUUUUGGUUCCCGUUAGUUUUAGAUUCGGGCAAUGGGAGGCAAUAUACGAGACUUACAUCAUGAUUGAUCGUUGCCCUUUUUUUUUCCUGUUAGUUUUGUUCAUCAUCUGAAAGGAUUGUUUCAAGUUGGGCCAUAGUGAAAGCUUUACACUUUCAUCAGACAAAUAGGUUCGAAGCCAUAUUGGUCUUGAUUCUUGCUGAUGGUUUUGAUAGCUUGGAUGUUUCUUCAUAUGUACAAAACAUGGAGAAGCAUUAGUUUCAGCAAGAAAAGAAACUUUAAAUCUCCUGCGAGAACCUUUUUUGGUGUUGAUGGAUUGUAAGAAACGAGUUGUUUUAAAGUUGAAAAUGUCUUACUGCUACAAUCAUCUUUAGACUGAGAACUGUAUGUUCGAAAACUGAGCUUAGUUCAUGGGCAUUGGGAUUUAGGAUUUUGGAGCUUAAGAGGUCUGUCUAGAGCGGUUGUAUAAUUGGAGAAACUUUAAGACAGGUCCUCUUGGUUGCGUUCUUGGCUACGGCUUGUAGGAACAUGAUCUCAGUCGCAUUGCAAACUAUCAACUCUAUCUAUCAACUAGAUCACUGCAAGUUAACUGUAAAGACUCACCAACAGUUAACUCACAAGUCACAAGUCAAUCUUUUCAUUUAAUUGUGAUCAGAAGAAGAAGAACAAAUUAUUCGUCAGAGAUUGAAAAGUGUGAUUCAAGUGGUUAUGGAAAUGGAAGUAUUGGCA